AUGAAUAAUUACUUCUAAAUAAAUGAAUAGAUUUCAUAGACAGAAAAGAUUAUCUUACCAGAUGAUACUCCAAUGAAGAAUAAACCAAAUACAAUUACAACAAUGAAAACUUCAUGGUUCACUUUUCUUCCAUAUGCUUUUAUUAAAUAAAUUACGUAACCUGCUAAUAUUUAUUUCAUUGUUAUUGGCAUAUUAUAGAUAAUUCCUGCUACUUCUUAUACAAAUGGUGUACCAACUAUUUAUGGACCUUUAGCAAUGAUGAUGAGUAUAAGUAUAUUGAAAGAUGCUAUUGAAGAAUAUUCUAGGUAAGAACUCUUAUUAAAAUAGAUAUAAAUCUGAUUAAGAAGAGAAUAAUCGUAAAUCACAUAAAUACUAUGAAAAUUAGUUUAUAGAAUGUAAUUGGAAGGAUAUCUAUUAAGCAGAUAUUAUUUUAGUUAUGGAAAAUGAAAGUAUUCCAUGUGAUAUUUUAAUAUUAUCAUCUAAUUAUUAAGGAGGUAUAGCAUAUGUAGAAACAAAGUAAAUUGAUGGUGAGACAAAUUUAAAAUAAAAAUAUUCAAUCUACGAUUUAUAAUAAAGAUACCAUAUCGAUAACGCUAUCAAUUUUGUAUUUAUAUAGUAAUUAAUCAGAAGGAGAAAAAUAAUAAUGUUAAGUUUGUAUAUGAUUAGAAGAAUCCAAUAUUAUAUAAAUUAUCAGGAACAUAUCAAAUUAGUAAUUCUUAAGUGGAUUCAUUAAAUUAUGGUAAUUUUAUUGAAAGAGGAUGUAUUCUAAAAAAUACAGAAUGGAUAAUAGGUUUAUGUAUUUAUAGUGGUAUGAAUUGUAAAAUUAUGUUGAAUUGUUCUUAAGAAAGGACAAAGAGAAGUAGAUUAGAAUAAUAUAUGAGAAUUUGUAUUAUAUCUAUAUCAAUCAGUUUGGCAUUAUUUUGUUUAAUGUCAUCUAUUUAUGAAUUCAUAUGGACAAACAAUCAUCUUAAUUAUUCAUAUUUAGGACUUACUAAAGAUAAUGUAUUUAUAGAUCUUGGAUUAUGGUUUUCAUUACUUUCAUAUUUUAUACCAAUAUCUUUAGUUGUAAAUGUAGAAUUAGUUAAAUUUGGUUAAGCUAAAAUGUUAGAAUCAGAUAAAGUAAUGCCAAAUUCAAAAUCACAUUAAUCUAAUUUAAUUGAAUAAUUAGGAGAAAUCAAUAUUGUUUUUACUGAUAAAACAGGUACAUUAACUAAAAAUUCUAUGUAAUUUAGAGAACUAUUUGCAUAAAAUGAAAAAGAAGCUUUAUUAUGUUUGAGUUUAUGUCAUUCUGUUGUUAAAUCAAAAAAUAAAUUGAUAGGAUCUUCUCCUGAUGAAUUAGCAAUAUUAGAAUAUUGUGAAUAAAAAGGUUAUUUAUUUUAAGGCAUAGAUAAUAAUAAUCAUCUUACAAUCAACAAAACUUUAUUUCAUAGAGUUAUGAAUUUUGAUUUUAGUAGUGAUAAAAAGAGAAUGACAAUAGUAGUCAAAACAGGAAAUGAAUAUGUUUUAUUUUGUAAAGGUGCUGAUGAAGUAUUACUUGAAUUAAUAGGAGAAUGUUAACAUUAACAAAUCAUUCAUCAAUUUGCAAUAUAAGGAUACAGAACAUUAAUGUUAGGUAGAAAGACUUUUAGUUAAAGUGAAAUGGAAAUUUAUUUGACAGAGUAUGAUUCAAUAUUUAUUUUAUAGAUAUAAAAAGGCUUAAGAGGAUAAAGAUGAAGAAAUGAUUAAUAAAUUAUAAAAAAAAUUAGAAUAUAAUUUAGAAUUUCUAGGAAUUACAGCUGUUGAAGACUUAUUAGCAGAUGAUGUUGGAUAAACUAUUUAAGAUUUAAAGACUGCUGAUAUCAAAGUUUGGGUUCUUACAGGUGAUAAAGUUGAAACUGCUAUUUCAAUAGGAUAUUCUUGUAAUCUAAUUGAUAGCAAGGAUAUGUUAUAAGUUGUUACUUAAAUUACAGUUGGAAGUAUUGAGGAAGUAUUUUUACAAUAUUGUAAUGAAUCAGCUAAUAUUGCCUUGAUAAUUAGUGGAUAAGCAUUAACAGUAAUGUUAGAUAAUCCACAACUUAAAUCAAUGUUAUUAAAAAGAGCUUUCUAUGCUAAAGUAGUUAUUGUUGCUAGAGUAUCUCCAAAAUAAAAGUAAUAAGUUGUAACUUUAGUUAAAGAGAAUCUCCCAAAAGCUUAUACUUUGGCUAUUGGAGAUGGAGCUAAUGAUGUUUCUAUGAUUAAUGAAGUAAAGAAUAAUCAUUUAAUUUAAGGCACAUGUUGGUGUUGGAAUUUAAGGAGUUGAAGGAACUUAAGCUGCAAGAGCUGCUGAUUUUGCAAUUUCAGAAUUCAAACAUCUUAAAAGAUUAAUGUUUUAUUAUGGAGUUGAAUGUUCAAGAAGGAAUGCACUUACAAUUUUAUACAUAUUUUUUAAGAAUUAGGUUUUCAUUACUCCUUACUUUUGGUUUGGAUUCCUCAAUGGAUUUAGUGGAUAAUAUUUAUAUGAUCAAUGGUUAUCUUCAUUAUUUAAUACUGUUUUUGCUGCUCUACCUUAGGUACUUUAUGCUCUCUUUGAUGAAAUGCAUCCUUCUUCUGAAUAUUUACAAUGGAGUAAAACCUCACAUAAUUUACUUGAAGAAAAACCAGAUGUAUAUGUAUAAUUUAGAUAAUAACCAAUUUUUACAAUCAUUAAAUUUUGGCUUUGGGUAUUCAAUGGAAUGGUUUAAGGUUUGAUUAUAUUUCUAGUUUGUACAUUUUCUACAGAGAAUUAAAAUAUGGAUAAUGGUAUGACAAUGGAAUUUUUUGAAGAUGGAGUAUUUAUAUAUGGAAUAGUUAUUAUUCUAGUUAAUCUUAAGAUUUUCACUUUUACAUAUACUAAUUAUAACUUCACUAUAUUUUUCAUUGUUUUAUCAAUUCUUGUUUAUUGGCUAAUAUUAAUUAUGGUGAAUGAUCAUGAAUUAUCCCCAUCAUUUAAUUUUUAUAGAUAUCUUGUCUCGUAUAUAUAUCAUUCUAUAUUCUAGACCACAAUUAUAUUUAGCACUAGCAUUAACUUGUAUGCUAUUUUUAUUUGAUUUGGCUAUUGAAAGAUUUUAUGAUUUUUAAAUCUAUAUUCGAAAACCAGAAUCAAUAGAAUUAGUUUGA